AUAUUCUCAAAUCUCAUUCGACGCCACACCAAGACGAAUAGCUCUCAAUGUCCUGAAAGACUAUGUCAACGAAAAAUCGUCUUUUGUGACUGGGGAUGGCAUGGGAGGUCAAGCAAGAACGGGUGGUGCUUCGCCUACGUAGACGAAGCAGAAUUUGAUGCAGAAGAAGACCUGAGAGUCUAUAAGAGAACGAAACCAGAUGACUGCGGGGAGACGCUCUGCAAAUUUGUCAAUUCGCAGCUACGGAAGAAUUCAAACCUGAAAGGGUCGAAGGGAUGGCAAUUUGUAUGUCUCAUUGAAGAUGGGAAGCAACACAGUGUACCAGUGCAUAGACGGGAUCGAACACCGCGGACAAUGCUACAAUGCUGCUGUUCGAGAGAGACAUCCCCUGCACUUGUGCGGGCAGACAACAUUCAUUAAAGCACUCGAGCGAGAAGAACCUGAAGAAUGCAAUCGAGAUCGAAUCGCCAGGCUCGCGCUCAGUCAAGGGUGUCCAUACUCCUCCUCCUCAGUAUCGAGGCCGGCUCUCAACUUGGGCAACCUUGUAUGAG